AUGCCACGCAAUUUCUCUUUCACCCUCAUCUACGUAUUGGCACUUCUCGGCGUUGCAAUGAGCACGAGUUUCUCAAAUACCACUCAUCACACUUCCACCACCUGCCUCACUUGCAACACUACGGUCUCGACCAAGACGGCUCCGCACUCGGAUAAAACGGGCACGGCUACUAGAACGGGCGCGACGGGCACGGGGCAGGGCGUGAUUAGUACGGGUGCGGCUGCUACUGGGGGGGUUGGGGUGUGGGAGGGGAUUGGGUUGGGGGUGGUGGUUUUGGGGGGGCUUUUGGGGGUGUGA